AUGUCUGUCAUUCUCGUUACCGGAGGCACUGGUCUUGUUGGCUCAGCUAUCAAAUACGUCAUCGAAAACGAGCCUGAGGGUUCACGAUUUGGCAAGAAACCUGGGGAGACGUGGAUCUUUGCCAGUUCCGCUGAGGCCGACUUGAGGGAUCCGGAACAGACCAAGAAGCUCUUUGAGAAGUACAAGCCUACUCAUGUGAUCCAUCUCGCUGCCAUCGUCGGGGGCGUCUUCAUCAACAUGAAGUUACAGCUCACUUUCCUCAGGGACAAUGUCUUGAUCAACGACAAUGUCCUGUACACCUCCUACCUCUUCGGCGUCAAGAAGGUCAUCUCCUGUCUCUCGACCUGUGUCUUUCCGGACAAAGUUUCAUACCCGCUGGACGAGACGAAGAUCCACCUCGGGCUCCCACAUGCGAGCAACUUCGGCUACGCGCAGGCAAAGAGGCUGGUAGACGUUCAGAACCAUGCGUACAAGGACCAGUACGGAUGCAACGUUACGUCCGCGAUCCCGACGAACAUCUUUGGCCCGCACGAUAACUACGAUCUCGAGAGCGCGCACGUCAUCCCAGGGCUCAUCCACAAGUGCUACCUCGCCAAGAAGAACGGCACGCCGUUCGUCGUAGCGGGCACCGGGAAGCCCCUGCGGCAGUUCAUCUACUCCCGCGACCUUGCGAAGCUUUUUAUCUGGCAGCUGCGGGAAUACGAAGACGUCGAGCCGCUCAUUCUCUCCGUCGAGGAGCACGAGGAGAUCAGCAUCAAGGAGGUUGCGGACGUGAUCGUGAAAGCGAUGGAGUUCGAGGGCGAGUACACCUUCGACGCCAGCCGCACCGACGGCCAGUUCCGCAAGCCUGCGUCGAACAAGAAGUUGCUGUCGCUUAUUGGCGAGUUCAAGUUUACCCCGUUCGAGGAAGCGUUGGAGGAGAGUGUUAGCUGGAUAUCUGUGUCGGACCAAAGUCCUGGAGUUGGUUGCUUCCGCACUGGAGCCAAAGGAGGAUCGGCGGUCGGAGCCCAGCCUGACACCGUCACUUAUCUCUCCGAUCCAUCAUUGGUGCUGCAUUCUGUCCAAUCACUGGACCAGGACCAUUCCAUCAGGCUUAUGGUUAGACUCAAUUCGUACGGCUGGCCUAUCAGACGCGCCCCUUUAGCGCUCGCGUUUGAUAGGCCCUCAUCAAAUACGUCCCUCCCUACUUUCCCUGCUCUCGCCUUGGCCCUUGUCGCGAUCUCCGACAUUAUGUAA